UCCGCCCCUGAUAUAACCGAAAAAGAAUCCUUAAAACUAACCACAAAUAGUCACUUUUAUUAAUGCAAAACAAAAGUUUUCUUUAACGAAUUAACGUGUACAUACGUGUUUUGUCUACAGUGCGUACGCGUGCAGACGUCUUUCGUUCUGAUAAUAGUUUUGAGGAUUAUUGCAAUCAUCCUUGUAUCAAAAUGUCUACCACAUCGCAAAAACACAGAAACUUUGUAGCUGAGCCAAUGGGAGAUAAGCCUGUGACUGAGCUUGCUGGUGUUGGAGAAGUUCUAGGAAAGAGAUUAGAUGCUGCAGGUUUUGAUAAAGCAUACGUAGUCCUGGGGCAGUAUUUAGUGUUAAAGAAGAGUAAGGAAUUAUUUCAAGAAUGGAUGAAAGAUGUGUGUUCAGCAAACGCGAAACAGUCAACAGAUUGUUAUCAAUGUCUCACUGAUUGGUGUGAAGAAUUUUUGUAAAGUAGUCUCGACUAGAUUCUACUUAAAUGUUCUUUUAACUCGUAAUUGUUUGCAUGAGGGUCAAACAGAUCCACAAGCUGUGAAUUUAUUGCGUAACAAAAUAUUUUACAAAAUGUGGAGUUUUUAAUUUCUAACGCUUGACAAUUAUUAUUUUAUGUUUAAAUUACACGUUUCAGUUUAUAAUUACUUACGAAUAAAAACAAAAUUUUACGUCAAAAUCACGCAAGCUUUUAUGAGUUAAAAGAGCAAAGAAUUAACUAUAAAGUUUUAUAACAUAUAACAUACGCAAAAUAGAAAUAUAUUUUAACAUUUGUACAGUUUCAAUUUAUCUUGCUUAUAAUUUUGAACAGUAAACGUAAAGUUCAUUUUUGCAAAGUAUUAAUAAUUAUUACGUGUUGUAUUUUGGAAUUUAUUAAAACAAUUUAUUCAUUU